GAGACUGAUGAUUCUAUCUUUGGAAAUUUUGAAAAUCCAUUUCUCAAGACAAGUGAAAAUACUUUUAGAGUUUUUAUUGUAGACGAUAAGUCGUGCAGACGCGGUGCUAACUGGCGCACAGAAAGCUUAAAUACAUAUUCGAAAGGUAAUUCGAGCUUAUAUUGGCGAACAGAAGACUUUUGUUAACAUCUUUGAGUAUUUCGAGGUGUAAAAAUAUUUAUUACAAUGGAAGAAGUAAUCGAAGUGCAAAUUGAAAAAAACGACCAAGUUGGCAGCUUGACGUUUUCUCCGCCACCGAUGAAGAAGUCCGAUACCAAGGACAGCAUUUCCUCGAUCGAUAGCGACGUCAGCUUGUCGUUCGAUCGGAGAGGAUCGAAAGGAGAGGAGGCAGAUUUUUCGGACAGCGGAAGCUCCGACUGCGACCGGAAGACUUCAACGAGCUGUAAGAAGCAAAAAACCAGUGACCAGGACUCAGGAGCAGAUUGUUUGGAAGACGUCGUGCCCAGCGAAUUGGACGUUCCGGUAGUCACGAAGCCUAAACCCGGUUCAAAAGAUACCGAAGAAGAUUUCUCACCACCGAGCGACGAAUUGGCUGACAAAAUAUGCGCUCAGGUCGAGUUCUACUUCUCGGAUGAGAAUAUAGUGAAGGACGCUUUCCUGCUGAAGCAUGUUAAACGGAACAAGGAGGGAUUCGUUUCCCUGAAACUCAUCUCCAGCUUUAAACGGGUGAAACACCUCAGCAGAGACUGGAGAGUCGUCGGCGCGGCUUUGGCCAGAUCCAAAAAACUAGAGGUCAAUGAACUCGGGACGAAGCUUAGAAGGCUGGACCCUCUGCCAGCCUUCGACCAGACGACACCCUCGAGGACAAUACUGGCGGCCAGAUUACCGGUCGACAAACUGUCGGUGGAAAGCGUAGCUGAGAUAUUUGGUUCCUGUGGAGAAAUAGCGUUGAUCAGAGUCCUCAGACCGGGACAUCCGGCGCCCGCGGAAGUCAGGCAGGCCAUUUCCAAAAGGCAAGAAUUGGCAACGAGCGAGGAGUGCGCGUUGGUCGAAUUCACGGACUCUGCAUCGGCCAGAGCUGCUAUGCAAAUGAGCCUCGGGGAGAUGAGAGUUUACGAACUUCAGCAGUCGGCGGAAAAGAAGCGGAAACAACAGCCUGGAAAGAAAAAUGCUGUCACGAGAAUUUCCAGGGAAGAAAAUUACAAUUCCUCGAGCUGUGCGAGCGGCUCCGAGGCCGAAGACGGCAGGUCGAGACACAGACGACCGGUUCAUGGGCAUCCAAUUUAUCCCAUGGCCGUGUAUCCUGGGCAACCGUACCAAGGUCCUCCUUCGCCAGAGUCUUGGUUGUCAAGAAGAUUAUCCGCUUGUUCGAUGUCCGGAUCAGACACCGGCUACAUCCUGCGUCGUCUCUCUUCCUGUUCAGGUUCAGGAUCGGACAGCAGUAGUUUUGGACGCAGAUACUCCAGCUGUUCCUCCAGUUCGGAAACCGGCUUCCACCAUCCGAUUUACGCGCCUGCGACAGCCGGUUACUUUCCUCAAAAUCGACGUUUCUCCUGCUGUUCCGGGUCAGGAUCCGAUUGUGGGACCGGAUUCAACCCUUCCAGGAGAGGUUCCGCCGAAUGUGGACCAUUCUUGCGAAGGCUCUCCGCCUGCAGUCGGGAUUCCGGCUUUGACAACGGCGCGCGAAGGCUGUCGGCCUGCUCUUCCGGAUCCGAUGCCUCUUUCGGCAGAUCCAGAAGCAAUAGUGGCGUAGCCGGAGCGAACCAUCUUCCCGACAAUGUUACCAGAAUGCCUUCAGGCCCCGACGGCACUAGAGGCUUUGGCAGACCUCCGCGGAUGAAUCUGAUGAUGAAUCCCAUGACCCCCCUAAUGGCAGCCCCCAUCGGGCCAUGUUAACCUUUUUUUCAUUACUUCCAGUUACAGACUCCGUUUUCUUUUCUAUUGUUGUCGCACAUAUUGAAAAUGUUGUUCGCAAUAAUUGAAAGAGAAUUUAUCACGUGGCACCCCGAGUGCCAGAAUAGAAUGUAAGAAAUCGGUAGAUUUUCAUCACAUAUUUACUGUUUAGUAUUAUCUUAUAAGUACCUACGUUCGAUACCGGCGUUGUGUAAUUUAUUUUGCUCUUAUUAUUCCAGCAAAAUUUCCUUCUUUUUGUUGUCUGAUUU